ACCCAAACACACACACACUGUUCCUCUUUUACUUUCUCGCUGUCUCUUGGGUUCACGCCGCUCUUGGGCACAAUUCCUCCUUCGGCGAUGCUGUUCUCCUUGAUUCCUCCUCUUGCGACGACGAUCCCCUCGGUUACUUCUCCUGCAAUGGCCUUCUCAUUGGUUUCUCAUGACGGCAUUCUCAACACAAAACCCCUAAUCGGCAUGCUUUCUUUCUCAAGCCUUCGCGAUUCGGUUUGCACAAUGGUUUUGUAUUUGGGUCAGGGAAGCUUCUGCUCAAGGUGUCUCUGCUACUUAUCAAAAGAACUUCACAAGGUUGCUAAAAUAGUGUUUGCACCAUACAACUAUCUUAUUGAUGCUUGCAUUUCUGAGGCUCAAAGUUGUGUUGGCCUUUGUAUAGACAGAAGAGACAAAUUGAAUGAUAAGUCACGGAAUCCUAAUGAUUUUGCUAUCCUUAAAGGUAUGCAAUUGCUAAUGCACGCUCUGAUGGGCUUCUACUCUGUGGAGGAAGGGAUGCCAAUAGUGUGGCAAAAGAAAGAAAAAAGAGAGGAGCGAUGGAGGAAGAACUCUGGGUGCUAGGGCUUGACAUUGGGAGAUAUUUGAAAGCAUUUUGGGCAAGAUUCAUCCUUGAGUAAGCUUCCUAUAUCUCUUCCUUUUCCUUUAUGUGAAAUUUCUAAAUGUUUGGGGCAAUGUGGGACUUGAUUUUGGUUUUUCUUGGGUUGUAAUUGAACCCAUUGCUUUAGUUAAGGUUUUGAAAAAUUAAAUCAAGCUUCUAAACCUAAUUAUGUGGGGUUUGUAGUGAUUUGAAAUUUUUGGCUUGGGUUUAGACAAACCCUAAGUGAAAUUUGGGAGUUUAAGAGCAAUGUGGGAAGAGGGUUAGUGUUAUUAGUGUGUUUGGAUGUUAAAUGGAGUUAAUGGAAUGCAAUGGAAGUGUUAAUGGUGUUAAAAAUGAAAUUUUGGAUAUAGAGGAUAUUCAAAAUUUAGUGGUUUAAGGGGGUUAUUUGAGUGAGAAUUGAUGAUUAAAUGUUUAAUCUUGUAGAUUAAAUAUUGAUAUGGCGUUGUUAGCUAGUGGACACAAGUAGGACUAUUGAUUCACUACGAUAACUUUUUUAGUGACAAAAGGGUUGAGGUAAUUAAAUUAUUUAAAUUUUUUAUUUGCUUGUUUGGAGGAUUCCAGUAAUUGUGAAAGUUAAUAUAAUUGUUUUGGAUUAAUAUAGUAACAAUAUGAAUAAUGAUUAUGAUUUAUAAAGCUUAUGUGAAGUGGAAUAGAUAACUAUGUUUUGCACAUUAUGGUUGUGAAAGCUAAAUCCUAUGUUUAUGUAUACAUAUUUGUAAAAUUUUAUGAUUUAUAGUGGAAAUAAUUAUUAUAGCGUAAACUAUAUGUUUAUAGUUAUGUUUGAAGUUGAUGAGCAUGUGUUUGGCAUGAUCAUUGUGAGAGGGUGUGAGUUCACUAUAGUGUGGUGUUAGGAACUUUAAAAAUUUAUAUGGUAUACUGGCAUUGUGGAGGCCCUGGUACAUAGUUUUAUAUUUGUUUGGAAGUCCCAAUACUAUUUAAGAUGGGUUGGGCAUAUGACACUGUGGGUAUUCGUGGAAAGGAAAAUCUGUGGUCUGUAAUAGGUGAAGGUGUCCUUGGCCAGGAUUGCCUCCUAUGAUUGGUGACCUUGAGCCAAUCUAGUCACAUGGAUUAGGUUUUAUCUAAUUGUCAGUCCACAAGUUCAGUUAGAAGAAAUAAGGGGAAUAUAAAGCAGUGUGUUGAUUAUGCAUCUCUAUGCAUAGCUAUGUAUGUAUGUGUAUGUACUUAUCAUAUAUGUUUUAAAUGCCAAUUCAUAUACUCACUAACUAUU